AAGGUGGGGGCAGGGGGAGAGAGGGAAGUGCCCUUUGGGAAAUGAAAUUAGGUGACCAACCUAUGUCUACGUGACUUGGACAUGGGCAGGCCUACUUCCGGGGGUGUUAUCUUCAGUAUAUAAAAUUUAGAGGCAGUAUACAAGAUUCAGUUCUGAGCUUUGCUCCAAGAGAAAGCUUGAUCCCUGAACUUUUCCAUCCUCUGAAUCACGCGAUAAUCUUUCUCAUAUUCGAUUUGGUUGUGCUUCUUUUUUGGUGGUGAGUGAUUGUCACCCAAAAGGCGCAAUCAUGAGCUUCUUAAAAUUUAUGAUGAAAAAGAAAGAACUUAUUCCUUUAUUCGCAUUCGUGGGCUUCGCGGGACUUGGAGCUACCUAUAUGUGCAUAUAUUCCCUUUUCAAAACUGAUGUGAUUGUUAACAGAAAGAAAAAUCCAGAACCAUGGGAAAAUGUGAAUCCUUAUGAGCCUCAAAAGCUUUUAACAAUUCACCAAAAGUGGGAACCUGUGGAAGAGCUGAAGAUGGUCAAACAGUUGACCAAAUGAGGAAUCUCUCCUUCUAAAGUCUACUCUAUGAAUCUAGUGGAAACAUCUCCGCACAAACUAGACUACUGAAACCAGUGUGCGGAAGUGCUUCUGCUACAUUUUUAGGGUCUCCCUACAUUUUUGGGCUCUGAAUAAGAAAUUCCAUUUUGCCUUAACUCUGGCAAGUUUAAUAAUAUCCACAUGGUCCAAAAAUAAAAUGCUCAUAUUUGAUGUCUUGUAAAAUUGAAAUUUAUAUCAGAUAUGUAGUUCAUUAGAGUAUUCAUGAGGAAUUUUUCAUGUAUUUCUACUUAUGUAUUUUAUGAAACUGGAUUUUGUGUUUUGAAAAUGUACAAUAAUUUGUAAGAUAAAUGAUCUAUUAUGAUAAAAGGAUAAAUAUUAAUUUUUCCAAAAGUUAAAUAAAUUUUUCUUUCAC